UGGGACACCCAGCCUAGCAAAAAUGUCGAAGAACCAUCAGCCGAACGAGGGAAGCAUGUCGUCGUCCCCGAGACGCAUCCUCCCCUGCUCCCGUUGCCCGGAACUCAGCGUGGCCCCCGUCUCUUGGGAGGCCCCUCAUGCACGACUUGACAGGGAUUGGCAAAGAUCUGUGAGCAAGAAUUCCCCAUAACUGAUUGUGGUUAUUACUGGGGAAUUUCCGCCGAGUGGGCAGACGACUGCUCUGAUGUUUUUACGAUUUGCCAUCCCAAAUUCCCCAUUGGCUCCACACUGAGUCAAUACCAUCGCCUCCCCUCUCCUCUUCCUCGUCCCAUUACCCUGUUAGCUCCAGUAGACCUAACACCAACACUGGCCCCGCCAUCUUUUACUUCCCUACGACUAUCUAUCCCAACUACUCCUCUGUGCCUAUUCAGGCCUACACGACACUGCUGUCAUAAAAGGUAAUUUCAAGAGCCCGCUUCUCCUUCCCUGAUUCCAUUGCCUUGACCUUUUGUUGCCGGGCUGGCUUACGGCAUGCCGCCUUUUCGGCUUCGAGGGCCGUACGUACGUACCUAGUUGUACAUUCGCCGCUUGUUUAGCCUUACGUAGUUGAUCCCUACCUUUUGUCAUC